UCUACUCGCAGUUGCAACAUGUUGUGUCACAAGUUGAUUGCCUUUGCUGUUCUUAGUCUGAUGCUGUUGCAGUUGCAUCAGGUCAACAGCGAAGCUACCUGCGGAAAGAACUUUACCAAGGUGGCAGACAAGUGUUUGUUGGCUUCCAACCAAUGGUAUACCUGGUAUGAGGCCGAUCGUUACUGUCAUUCCUUGGGAGCUGCACUUCUCAGCCUGCAAAAUCAGGCGGAGUUGCUGCAGAUUGAAAAAUGGUUGAGUGUCUCAGUGCCUUUUAAACUGAGUGAGUUUUGGACCUCGGGCAAUACUCUAGGCAAGAAGGGCGUCUAUUUUUGGCAGAGUACUGGAGAAGUGGCUCGCUUUUUGCCCUGGUACCCGGAUGAACCUAAGCCAGCUAGCGGCGAUUGCUUGUCCCUCUAUCCAAAGGAGUACAACACCACCUUUGGAUACUCCGAUUACCGCUUGAUGAUAAAAAGUUGCACCUACCCCUCACCACUCGUCUGUGAGAAGCAACCACAGAAAUACGACAAUACUUCAUCAAUGCUUUGCCUCAAACCUGAAAGCUAUGAAAACGCUCAGGUUCUUCUCUAAAUUAAAGUCAUUAAUAAAUUUCUUAUUGUAAGGAAAAAAACUGUUAUAAAUAUCAAAAUAAAAAAUGCAGCAACAAAUUA